CCGGCCGUCGGGCUGGGCGCGCCAUCAUGGCGGCCGCGCUGCUGCUGCUGCGCUACACGCUCUGCCGAGGCCUGAGGCGAAGGUGGGCGCCGCCCUGCGCCCGCGGCCUGUCCCGGGACCCUCACCGGGCCGGCGGACGAGUCCUGCAGAAAUUACUGUCGAGAACCCUAUCCCCUACCUUUCGAGGAAUCACUGGAUUGUUACUUCAACAACAUUUAAUUAGAAAUCCAGUCAGGCUGUGGAAACUCUUAGGUGGUACUUACUAUUUUAGUACCUCCAGAAGGCAGCAAAAGAAUAAGGGGAAUGAAGGAGCCAAAGGGAAAGCACCAGAAGAUGACGAAGAGGAAAAAAAGCGGAAAGAGCGGGAAGAUCAGAUGUAUCGGGAGCGGUUGCGGACCUUGUUUGUCAUUGCUGUUGUCAUGAGCCUGCUGAACUCCCUGACCACUAGCGGGGGCAACAUUUCCUGGAGCGACUUCGUGAACGAGAUGCUGGCAAAGGGGGAGGUCCAGAGGGUCCAGGUGGUUCCCGAGAGCGAUGUUGUGGAAAUCUAUCUGCACCCGGGAGCCGUUGUAUUUGGACGACCUCGGCUCGCCCUGAUGUACCGAAUGCAGGUUGCAAAUAUCGACAAGUUUGAAGAGAAACUGCGAGCUGCUGAAGACGAACUGAACAUCGAAGGGAAAGACAGGAUCCCCGUUUCCUACAAGCGCACAGGCUUCUUUGGAAAUGCACUUUAUGCCUUGGGUAUGACGACUGUCGGCGUGGCCAUACUAUGGUACAUUUUCCGCCUUGCUGGGAUGUCAGGAAGGGAAGGUGGAUUCAGUGCCUUUAACCAGCUGAAAAUGGCACGCUUUACAAUUGUGGAUGGAAAGUCUGGGAAAGGAAUCAGCUUCAAAGAUGUAGCUGGAAUGCACGAGGCCAAGUUGGAAGUUAAAGAAUUUGUGGAUUAUCUCAAGAGCCCAGAGCGCUUCCUCCAGCUUGGUGCCAAAGUCCCAAAAGGCGCUUUGUUGCUUGGUCCCCCGGGAUGUGGAAAGACAUUGUUGGCUAAAGCGGUAGCCACAGAAGCCCAGGUGCCUUUCCUGGCGAUGGCAGGCUCAGAGUUUGUGGAAGUUAUAGGAGGCCUCGGAGCCGCUCGGGUGCGCAGCCUCUUCAAAGAAGCCCGGAACCGGGCCCCCUGUAUCGUGUACAUCGAUGAGAUCGAUGCUGUGGGCAAGAAACGCUCUACCACUAUGUCCGGCUUCUCCAAUACUGAGGAAGAACAGACGCUGAAUCAGCUUUUGGUUGAAAUGGAUGGAAUGGGAACCACGGAUCAUGUCAUAGUUUUGGCAUCUACCAAUCGAGCUGACAUUCUGGAUAAUGCCCUGAUGAGACCAGGGAGGCUGGACCGGCACAUUUUUAUCGAUCUCCCCACGCUUCAGGAAAGGAGGGAGAUAUUUGAACAGCACCUGAAGAGUCUGAAGUUGACGCAGACCGGGACUUUCUAUUCCCAGCGUCUAGCGGAGCUCACUCCCGGGUUCAGUGGAGCUGACAUUGCAAACAUAUGUAAUGAAGCCGCACUGCACGCUGCGAGAGAGGGUUACAAAUCCAUCGACACGUUCAACUUUGAAUACGCUGUGGAGCGAGUCAUUGCAGGUACUGCCAAAAAGAGCAAGAUUCUCUCAAAGGAAGAGCAAAGGAUUGUGGCAUUUCACGAGUCAGGACAUGCUUUGGUUGGCUGGCUGCUGGAACAUACAGAGGCGGUGAUGAAGGUGUCCAUCGCCCCCCGGACAAAUGCGGCCCUGGGGUUUGCUCAGAUUCUUCCAAAGGACCAGUAUCUCUUCACUAAGGAGCAGCUCUUCGAAAAGAUGUGCAUGGCCCUGGGAGGCCGAGUGUCUGAAGCCAUCUCCUUUAACAAGAUGACAUUGCUGAUGGGGAGGUGGGAGUUUGUUGAAGUCGUAGCAGCACCAAGCGGGGCACAGGAUGACUUGCGAAAAGUCACUAAAAUAGCCUAUGCCAUGGUGAAGCAAUACGGGAUGGUACCCACCAUCGGGCCUGUCUCCUUCCCGGAACUGGAGAGCACACCAGGGAUUGGGCGGCGCCCUUUCAGCCAAGGGCUUCAGCAUCUGAUGGACCAUGAAGCAAAACUGCUGGUCGCUAAGGCCUACAGGCACACCGAAAAAGUGCUUCAGGACAACCUAGACAAGUUACAUGCGUUGGCUAAUGCCUUAUUGGAGAAAGAAGUGAUAAACUACGAGGAUAUUGAGAAACUGAUCGGUCCUCCUCCUCACGGACCUAAAAAACUGAUCUCCCCUCAGAAAUGGAUUGAUGCCGAGAGAGAGAAGCAGGACCCGGGGGAAGAGGAAGCCCCCCAGCAAGGCCGGCCCAGAGAGGAGGAAUGAGAGGAGAAUAAGGAGGAGGAAGAGCAUUCUGAACUCUUCUGGGAGGGAAGGAGGGUUUGGGACUUUCUCCAGACAUCAGUAAAUUAACUUCCUUUUCAGUUGUUGUCACUGGCCUCAUUUCGCCUAAGUUUGGCAGACCGCCACCCGGGAAUCGUAGCUACCUCACGUGCUGCACUAGGGGGGUCUGGAAGCACCUGGAGGCCCCUUGAGUUCCAUUGAGAGAUUGCCCCUGAAAAUGAGUAAGUGCUCUGUGGAGGAGAGAGAUUUGCUUUGAAUUUCUUAAUCUUUUUUUGACCCUAGAGACAUUGCAUGAAAUACAGUUUCCUGAGCUUUAUGAAAAUCCUUACUGCCGGUGAACAGCAGAAUUCACUUACAAGGGCAAAGAGGAGAAAGUCCCAUUUCUUAAGAGCCCGAAUCUGUACCGAACUCGUUUGGCCGUAUCCAGGGUACUCUGGGACGUCCCCCUUCAAGGGUCCUUUGCAGCCAAACUCCUCAGAUAUUUCUUGUCAACUUGACUGCCCCCUCCCUCCCCCCCCCCCCACGUAUCUGAUAAAUAAGCUUUCUUAGAGGAGUGUGUGGAGUGAGGGGAAACCGUGUUUUCGUGAGUUAAAAUAUCAUCCCUCUACUGCUGUUUUAAAAAUAUCGUGUAUAUAAAGAGAUCCAUCCCUAUGGGGUUUAUUUAGAAGGUGAGUGGAGUACUACCCACAAGAACUGUUAUAAUGCUUGACCAAUAAAUUAUAAUGAUUAAAGAUCUUCUUUUGCACAACACUGCCAAGCCCAAA